AUGUCCCUCCACGUGGAUAAGCCAGACACCAUGCAAGGAGAACGUCUAGAUAUUCGAGCUACAAAUCUCGUGCCAAACGGUAUCUACAAGCUAGUGCUAAGGCUCAAGCACAAAUAUGGAACUCAUAUGUCAUUCGCUGUCUUUAAAGCGGAUUCAGCUGGCGAAAUUCACCUACCCACAGCAAAACCACUCAGAGGAACGUAUAAUGAGGCUGAUGCAAUGGGGCUAUUUAUGAGUAUCCAGCCUUGCGAAGAUUUCCCAUAUGGUGGUUACUUAAGAUGUACCCCACCUCUACCAUUCAUCUACAAUUUGAUUCUUCUCAACUCCUCUGAUCGUGAACUGGCUGUGGUCCCAAUCAAAAAGCAUUGGAUGCAUCCGAAACUGGAACGCACCGAAAUUGAAGAAGAUGGGUUCUGCGCAACGCUUUUCAAGCCUCCCGGAAAUGGACCUUUUCCUACUGUUAUCGACAUUUCAGGAACUGGUGGGGGACUUCAUGAGCACAAGGGUUCGAUGUUGGCAUCUGAAGGUUUUGUGGUUUUAUGCGUGGCGUUCUUCCAGUACAAAAAUUUGGUAACAACUCUGGAAGAGGUUGAGAUUGAGUAUUUCAAGAAGCCCAUAGAUUGGUUAAAGCGUCAGCCAUACACUAAUGGUCGCCUGGGUAUCCAAGGUGUCUCAUUUGGGGGAACAAUCGUUAACUUAUUGGCUUCACGCUUCCCAGAGGUUCUUUUUUUCAUCCACAUGAAGUCGACCGCCGCUCAACGUUUGAUGGAAACAGGACAUGAUGUAGAA